AUAACAUCAUCAAAAACAAAACAAAACAAAAACAAUAACAAUAACAUCCAUCCAUUAAAUUUCCCCACCUCCAAAUCAUAUAAAAUCAAACCCCAAAAGUUUUCAUAAGUCUAUCAUUUCCAUUCCCAUUAACCAAAAGCCAAAAACAAAUGGCAGACUGGUCCCAACUCCCUCGAGAGCUCCUUGAUCUCAUAUCCAAACACCUCCUUACCGAAACCGAUCUUCUCCGAUUCCGAUCCGUCUGCACUUCAUGGCGAUCUUCAAUUCAAUUUUUGCCUUGUCGUUUCCCCAUUCUCCCCAACACAGGAAUCUCCGAUACCACAUGGGGUUUCUAUCUUUCCAAACGCACCAUUUUCCGAAUAUCUUUACCACCUGAUUCCCAAAAUCAUAAUAAUCAAAAUCUGCCAUGGAUGAUUAAGUUUGAAAAAGACAACCCAACAAAAGGCCACCUCAUGAAUCCAUUAAUUGGGUCUGAAUUUAUAUCCCUUUUGCCCAAUUUCCCUAGAUCGCUUGAUUUAAUUAAUUUUAGAGUUCAAGAAUUAGGCCAAGAAUAUGCCUUACAAAAUAUUAGUUAUAGGCCUAAUGCUAAUUCAAUUGGGGAUUCUAUUAGUUUAUAUAUGGAAAAGGUUGCAUUUUGCGGGUUGGGUAAUGAUGGGUUUUUUGUUUUAUUGACUAUUCAUGUUUCCGGAAAAUUGGCUUUGUUGAAAUUCGGCCAAAGAAAGUGGAAUAUUAUCAAUGAUUUGCCUUCCCCUUAUGAUGAUGUUAUUUUUUAUAAUGGGGAUUUUUAUGCUGUAGAUAGUACUGGUAGGACUGUGAUUGUUGAUUGGGAAGUGGUGUCGCUGACAGUUGUGGCUGGGUCGGUUUUUGGUGGGGAUAAGAAGUUUUUGGUCGAGUCGGAUGGGGGUUUGUAUAUGGUUGAUAAGCAUUUGAGUGUUGGACCUGAGAAUGAUUUCGAUUAUGAUGAUGAGAAUUAUGAGUUUUAUGAGGAUUUUGAUUGUUUUAUGAGUGAACGAACGGUUAAACUUGAGGUUUAUAAGUUGGAUUUUGAAGGACAGAAAUGGGUUGAGGUGAAAGAUUUGGGUGAUAGGAUGUUGUUUUUAGGUGAUAAUUGUGGGUUUUCGGCUUCUGCCAAGGAGUUUCCAGGGUGUAAAGGGAAUUGUGUGUUUUUCACGGGGCAGAAUAGGGAAGACGAUGGUUCCAUGAAGAGUAAAGGGGUUGGUGUGUUUGAUUUGGAGAAUGGAAAUAUUGGGGCUAUUCCUAAUAAUUCUGGUUAUUCUCAGUUAUUUUGGCCCCCGCCUUCUUGGCUUCAUCCCAGUCUCGCGGCUUUGGAAGAUGGAUUGGAUCAUCUUAACAUCUAAUCAGAUCCGUGCAAGGCUACUUUCAAUGCCACAAGUCAAAACAUUAAAGUGUAUAUAUGCUCUUCGUGGCUCGUGACCCUGCACUACUCAGCGUGUAAACCCGAUCAUCUAUUUUUCGAUUAUGAAAAAUAAUUCUCAUGUUAAUCUUUGUAAUUUAUUUUAAUAAUUUUGCGUUUUCACUUGUAUGCUGAUACUGGUUGUUUAUGGCUUUACAUUCCUUUCAGCUA